GAUUUCACCCAGGAGGAGUGGCAUCAACUGGACCCUGCUCAGAAGACCCUGUACAGGGAUGUGAUGCUGGAGAACUACAGCCACCUAGUUUCAAUGGGGUAUCCAGUUUCCAAACCAGAUGUCAUCUCCAAGUUGGAACAAGGAGAAGAUCCAUGGAUCAUAAAGGGAGACAUACCAAGUUGCAUCUAUCCAGAUGAAAAUCAGGCAGAUGGGAGAAAAGGGAAGAAGAGUAAUCUUCACAACUCCCAGUCAUAUAUUUUGGAGGCUAUUUCCUUCCAUAACAAAAUACUGAAAGGAGUCACAAAAGAAGGUUCAUUUUACUCAAUUUUAAAAGUUUGUGAUGGCCAGCUGCAGAAAUAUAAGGAAAACCAAGACAAACUUUUCAGUCAAGUUACAUUUGUCAGCAGCAAGACAGUAACUGAGGUAUCAGGCCACAAAUAUAAUGCACUAGGAAGAAAAGAGCCAGAUACACUAAGACAAAGACUCCACAAAUAUGAUGCUUUUAAAAAGAACUUGAAACUGAAUAUUGACCUACCUAGUUGUAAUAAGAUCAGUUCAGGAAAAAACCUUGAUCAGAGUUUUGGAUGUGGAAAAUUGUCUAGCCCCAGCGAAUCCAAUUCUAAUCUUGAGAAAAUUCACAAUGGAUUAAUACCCUGUGAUGAUAAUCAGUGUGGAAACAUUUUUAGCAAUAAACAAUCCCUUAUUCAAUAUCAGAAUGUUGAAACUAGGGAGAAAACUUGUGUGUGUAUUACCUGUGGCAAAGCCUUUGCUAAGAAGUCACAACUCAUUGUACAUCAAAGAAUUCAUACUGGAAGGAAACCAUAUGACUGUGGUGCAUGUGGAAAAGCCUUCAGUGAGAAGUUUCAUCUUAUUGUACAUCAAAGAACUCAUACUGGGGAGAAACCUUAUGAUUGUUCUGAAUGUGGAAAAGCCUUCUCUCAGAAAUCAUCCCUCAUUAUACAUCAGAGAGUUCACACUGGGGAAAAACCAUAUGAAUGUAGUGAAUGUGGGAAAGCCUUCUCCCAGAAAUCACCCCUCAUUAUACAUCAGAGAAUACAUACUGGGGAAAAGCCCUAUGAAUGUAGAGAGUGUGGGAAGGCCUUCUCCCAGAAGUCACAGCUUAUUAUACAUCACAGAGCUCAUACUGGAGAGAAGCCAUAUGAGUGUACUGAAUGUGGGAAAGCGUUCUGUGAGAAGUCCCACCUCAUUAUCCAUAAAAGAAUUCACACUGGUGAGAAACCCUACAAAUGUGCUCAGUGUGAGGAAGCCUUCAGCAGGAAGACAGAACUCAUUACACAUCAGUUAAUUCAUACUGGGGAAAAGCCCUAUGAAUGUACUGAAUGUGGAAAGACGUUCUCCCGGAAGUCACAGCUCAUCAUACAUCAGAGAACACACACUGGAGAGAAACCCUAUAAAUGCAGUGAAUGUGGAAAAGCCUUCUGUCAGAAAUCACAUCUCAUUGGACAUCAGAGAAUUCACACAGGAGAAAAACCUUAUAUAUGUACUGAAUGUGGGAAAGCCUUCUCUCAGAAGUCCCACCUCCCAGGACAUCAGCGAAUUCAUACUGGAGAGAAACCUUAUAUAUGCCUUGAAUGUGGAAAGGCUUUUUCCCAGAAGUCAGAUCUUGUUUUACAUCAGAGAAUUCACACCGGGGAAAGACCUUAUCAGUGUGCUGUAUGUGGGAAAACCUUCAUCCAGAAGUCUCAACUCACUGUACACCAGAGAAUUCAUACAGUGGUGAAAUCAUAAUGAACUAACCACAAAAAAUCCUUCAGUAUUAGCUCAAGCCUUAAUAAUUACUAGAAAACUAAUUAAUUUGAUAAACUUGGGGACAACAUCUCUAUAGAUCAAAUUUAAUAAGGGAAUUUAUGAUUCUGGUGUGGUGUUCCCUAAUGUUUUCAGAAAAGAUGAUGGGAAACAAUUAUAUAAGUGAAGGACAUUUUCAAAUGGCAUGAAACGCUUUUAAAGUUAUGAAUCGAAUGAAUAGAAAAGUUAUGUAUACAAAAUACCUUAUCGUUACUACAUAAUGAUAAUCAGAAAUUGUGAAAUUACUAAUAUCAGCUUGCCUAAUUAUGAUGAUACAGUAAUUUUCUAUGAAAGACAUGCAAGAAAGCUUGAGUAAGAACUAAAAAUAUUAGUUCCUGGAAAUUGUAUUUUAAAAAGAGG